AUGGCUGCGCCGACCAAUAAACUGGGUCUGGCCCAGUCGAUCACUCCACCUGUAUGUGGAACAACCGCAUCCGCCAGACUCGAGAAGACUCACCCCGGUGUACGCCGCUCUACUCCUGACUCAGAAGCCCUGGCUUCUUCCGACGAUGACGGAGAGCAUGUGGCCCCAACCCAGACUACUGCCCCGCCAUCUAAGCCAGCGCGUCGGACAUCGUGGUUGAAUGAGGUGCCGCUCUCUGCACAGCGCAAGCAUUCGCUGCCUGGGGGACCCCUCUCCUCUGCCCCGUCGAAUCCGGCCAGCCCUUCGAGUGACCAGGCCCCAUGGGCCACAAACCCGAGCCCCGGACUCGCCGGUUCUUUUAACUGGAACCAAGCUGGGGGGAGCUCUUUUCCCUGGGGGACGGGCAUCUGGAACACUGAAUCCCGCAAAGAGCCGCCAUCUCGGUUGUCCGAAAUCGUGCCUUCCCCAACUAUGCCAAACCCCCCACCUACUAGCGGCAACCUGGGAGACGAAAUGUUAAGCCCGAUAACUCGCACGAUUUCGGGUGAAUCGGCCAUUCCGUUCUCCAUUCCGCUGCAUCCCACCCCCAAGACCUAUCGUUCUCAGUCAUAUUCCGUCGGUCAGAUGGACCCCGAGUAUCUGGGUUUGGUGGCUAACAAGUCCGGGACUAGCGCAUCAUACUCGGGCGGUCGUUCUCGAGGCCCGGGCCAAAUGUCUGCUGUUCAGCCGCGUUCGUCUCGACCAAGUGUGCUUGGCGAGCUGGGACACGAUCCGGCGAUGCUCGACCGGGUCCGAGAAGAUGACGAUGGAGAUGACGCCCCGGACGGCUCGGACGAUAUCAACUACUCCGCAAGCCAGGCCCGAACGAUCGAGCAACUCGCGCGAGAGAAUGCCCUCCUGCGACAAGCAGCGGCAGGUCAUAUGGAUAAUCGAUUCCGUGAUCGUUCGUCGUCGUCUGCGUCCAUUGGUGGGGGUGUUCAUUCAUUGCACCGUAUUCGUGGCGGUGUUCCUGAGGAAGACAUUGCCCCAGAGGACCCGGGAGAGCUUCGCGACAUUCAGGGAUACAGCAACAUGCACAGCAACACCAGAAGACGGUUUUCUGAGCAUUCGGCCAAUCUCGAGCAGCAGCUCUCUUCCUUUGCUCCGCCUCUAGAGAACAGAGCAUUGGAGAAUGUUCGCAAGGCUCAUUGGCAGACCUCGCUGGGCUUUGGAAGCAUGGCCGACAUUCCGCAAAGCCGCCGUCACUCGUUCGCCGAUAUCCCCAUGCGUCAUGCUUCCAUCGGUUCGGUUGACUCGCAUGCGACAGCCACCCCUCGGGCUAGUCUCGCACCAGAUCGUGAAGACUAUGGGUCCAUUAAUGACUUUUCCAACCCAGCAAUGCAGCAAUCUUAUUACUCCCGCGACCAGACCUUGCGUAAUGAUGGGUCCUCGGGAAUUCCGGCGGCCCUCAACCAGUACUCGCUAUCGGCUGCCUUUGGUCGUCAACCCUCGGCCCUUUCGCAUGGCCACCAGAACCAGCUUCUCUACAUCGUCACGUUCAAGUGCCACCGUGCCGAUGUAUUUUACAUUCAAGAAGACACUGGCCUCCAGGUGAAGGCCGGCGAUCUGGUCAUUGUUGAGGCUGACCGAGGCACGGACCUGGGAACCGUUCAACAUGCAAAUGUCUCGCUUCAGAAAGCGCGGGAGCUGAAGCAGCAGUACGCGGAAGAACAUUACAAAUGGCUCAUGAUGUUCUCCCGGCAGGGUCAACUCGAGGGCUCCAAUGUGCCCAACCCCGGUCUGGGUAGUCGGAGUGCCACGGGAGGCAUGGGUCCUCAUGCCCCGCAUGGCGUGCAGGACACUUCCACGGACAUCAAACCAAAGCUUAUCAAGCGCUUGGCCCAGAACCAUGAGAUUUUGACUCUGAGAGACAAGGAAGGAAACGAAGCGAAGGCCAAGCGUGUCUGCCAGCAAAAGGUUGUCGAGCACCGCCUGAACAUGGAAAUCCUCGACGCCGAGUUCCAAAUGGACUGGAAAAAGCUCACGUUCUACUACUUCGCGGAUUCCUAUAUCAACUUCAACUCCCUGGUCACCGACCUGUUCAAGAUCUACAAGACAAGGAUCUGGAUGUCGGCCAUAAACCCAGCCUCGUUUGUCACGCCACCGGGGCCUGGUCUGCAGGGCCCUGGUGCGAUGCCUAACCCCCUCUACGGGCCGGAUACAAACACCGAUCGCCGUCACCAGCACGAUGGCAGAGCCUAUGGCGGAUCGCGGGAGGCUGUCGAUGCGACCCGCGAUGGAAUUCCAAACCCCGCCAUGCUCCGCACUGCCUUUGCGGAUUCGUAUCAGCCAUUCGCCCAACCUCCUCGCCAGCACGACGAAAUUCAGGCCGACCCCUUCGGCCCCUACUCCCCCAGCAGCUAUGGUCCGCUCGACUCGGGCUACGCCGACUAUCAGGCGAGCAGUGCCGGCUCCAGCGGGGCAGCCCGCAUGCACCCAGCGCAGGGCGAAUGGGUUGGCCGGUUCCAGGGCUUGUCUCUUAACUCCUGA